AGAUGCAGCGCGUGGCUCCGUUCAGCCGCUGGAAGCUCCUCGGAGAUGGCUCGGUCCGCCGCAGCUCUGGUUCUGGUUUCGGUCGUGUUGUCCGGCGUGUCUGCCGGAGUGUUUUUCAACAAGAAGCUGCCGUGUUAUGUCGGCACACCGAGGACACACGGCGUCGGUUUGAGGACAACUCCUCGACCUCAUGAGUUCUUAAACAUCUCCGAUCUGCCCAAGUCGUGGGACUGGAGGAACAUCAAUGGAACCAACUACGUGAGCACGACACGCAACCAGCACAUUCCCCAGUACUGUGGCUCCUGCUGGGCUCAUGGCAGCACCAGCGCCAUGGCAGAUCGGAUCAACAUUAAGCGUAACGGAGCGUGGCCCUCUGCCUACCUCUCCGUCCAGCACGUGAUCGACUGCGGAGACGCCGGUUCGUGCCACGGUGGGGAUCACAGCGGCGUUUGGGAGUACGCCAACAAACACGGCAUCCCGGAUGAGACCUGCAAUAACUAUCAGGCCAAAGACCAGGCGUGUAAGCCCUUCAAUCAGUGCGGCACUUGCACCACUUUUGACGUGUGCAACAUUGUGAAGAACUUCACGCUGUGGAAGGUGGGAGAUUUUGGAGCCGUCAGCGGGAGAGAGAAAAUGAUGGCAGAGAUUUACGCCAAUGGACCAAUCAGCUGUGGGAUAAUGGCCACAGACCAGCUGGAUGCAUACGCAGGAGGUGUGUACUCUGAAUACCAGGAGGAAGCUUUCAUCAACCACAUCGUGUCUGUGGCUGGAUGGGGGGUGGAGGACGGUGUGGAGUACUGGGUUGUCCGCAACUCCUGGGGAGAGCCAUGGGGUGAGAGGGGCUGGCUCAGGAUCGUGACGAGCGCCUACAAAGGAGGAAGUGGCAGCAAGUACAACCUGGCGGUGGAGGAGGACUGUAUGUACGGAGACCCCAUCAUCCCUAAAGAGCACCGUUAGACAAUAAAUCGGGUUUAAGGUUGAGUCGGGUCAGAAAGAAUUCUUCAGUCUGACUGAAGAAUUCUUUUGGAAAAGAGACAAAACGUUUCAACAAAGGAGGAUCUGACUCAACCAUGUUACGUUUAUCAACCUGGAUUGUUUUCAUCAGGACAAUUUUCUGUCCCGUCUUCCAAUAAGAGCAAUGAAUGGUAGCUUUUUAUAAUCAGUUUUAAAGGGAAUUAUCUUUUAAUUUUAUGCAAAGAGGCAGGCUGU